UAGCUCUGAAAAAGAAUUCAAGAUGUCAUCGUCUACGGCGGCCAAUCAAGUGAGGGCAUCUCACAUACUCAUCAAACACCAAGGCUCUCGCCGCAAGGCUUCUUGGAAGGAUCCAGAAGGUAGAGUCAUCUCCGCCACCACCAGAGACUCCGCCGUCUCGCAGCUUAAGCUCCUCCGUGACGAUAUCGUUUCCGGAAAGGCGAAGUUCGACGAGGUCGCCUCUCGCUACUCCGAUUGCAGCUCCGCUAAACGCGGCAGUGAUCUCUGUCCUUUUGGUCGAGGCCAGAUGCAAAAGCCGUUCGAGGAUUGA